UUCUCGGCUCCGGUAUUUUACCGGGCUUUUCAUGCCUCAAAACCUGCUUUACGAGUAAUUGCUACGGAGCCUUUAAGAGCUAAAGAAGCACCAUCAACAAUCUCAAGCAAAUAUCCAGUAAUAGACCACACUUAUGAUGCAAUUGUAGUUGGUGCUGGUGGUGCUGGUUUACGUGCUGCUUUUGGUCUUGCAGAAGCUGGAUUUAAUACUGCAUGUAUCACUAAAUUAUUUCCUACGAGGUCACAUACUGUCGCCGCACAGGGAGGCAUUAAUGCUGCACUUGGUAAUAUGACUGAAGAUGAUUGGCGUUGGCACAUGUAUGAUACUGUCAAAGGCAGUGACUGGCUUGGCGAUCAAGAUGCAAUACAUUAUAUGUGUCGUGAAGCACCUGAUGCCGUAAUUGAACUUGAACACUUUGGUGUGCCAUUCUCACGAACUGAGGAGGGUAAAAUCUAUCAGAGAGCUUUUGGUGGACAAAGUUUGAAGUUUGGGCAAGGUGGUCAAGCUUAUCGAUGUGCAGCUGUUGCUGACCGCACUGGCCAUGCUCUUUUGCACACAUUAUAUGAUGGGGCAUGCCGUGGUGUGAUUGCUAUAAAUCAAGAAGAUGGUACCUUACAUCGUUUCCGUUCUCACAAAACUAUAUUGGCAACUGGUGGUUAUGGUCGUACUUAUUUCUCAUGUACCAGUGCACACACAUGUACUGGUGAUGGAAAUGCAAUGGUAUCUCGUGCUGGAUUACCUUUACAAGAUUUGGAAUUCGUUCAAUUCCAUCCUACCGGUAUUUAUGGUUCUGGAUGCCUGAUCACUGAAGGCUCUAGAGGAGAAGGUGGUUACCUUCUCAAUUCUGAAGGUGAACGCUUUAUGGAGCGUUAUGCACCUACAGCUAAAGAUUUGGCAUCCCGUGAUGUUGUAUCACGUUCAAUGACCUUGGAAAUUCGCGAAGGUCGUGGAGUUGGACCUGAGCGUGAUCAUUUAUUCUUGCAACUAUCACAUUUACCACCUGAAGUACUGCAUGAACGUUUACCUGGUAUUUCCGAAACGGCUGCUAUAUUUGCAGGUGUUGAUGUCACUAAAGAGCCUAUUCCUGUAUUACCAACUGUUCACUAUAACAUGGGUGGUAUACCAACACGAUAUACUGGUGAAGCAGUGACAAUUGACGAAAAAGGCAAUGAUAAGAUAGUUCCAGGACUUUAUGCAGCUGGUGAAGCUGCUUGUGUAUCUGUCCAUGGUGCCAAUCGUCUCGGAGCAAAUUCUUUACUUGAUAUUGUCAUAUUUGGUCGUGCAUGCGCUCACCACGUUCGAGAUACUUUGGAACCAGGAACACCUCACAAACCUCUAGCUUCAGAUGCAGGUGCUCAAUCUAUUGCAAGUCUUGAUAAACUUCGUAAUGCGAAUGGCAAAUUACCUACCGCUGAUCUUCGUUUAAAGAUGCAAAAGGUUAUGCAAAGGGAUGCGGCAGUUUUUAGAACUCAGAGUUCUUUAGAGGAAGGCGUUAAGAAUAUUGAUGAGGUGUGGGAAUCUUUCAAAGAUGUCAAAGUAUCUGACCGGUCAAUGAUUUGGAACUCUGAUUUGAUAGAAACUUUGGAAUUGGAAAAUCUAUUAACUAAUGCAGUUCAGACAUUGCAUUCUGCUGUAGCCCGUAAAGAAUCUCGCGGGGCCCAUUUUCGUGAAGAUUUUAAGGACCGUAAUGAUGCGGAAUGGUUAAAGCAUACGCUAUCCUGGCAAGAUCAUCAAACAGGAGAAGUCAAAUUAAAAUAUCGACAAGUAACACAAAAGACAUUAGAUGAAAAAGAAUGUGCUAGUAUACCGCCAAAGGCUAGAGUUUAUUAG